UUGGCAGAUGUCCUUGAAAAAAAAAAAAAAAAAAUUGGUGCCAUAGUGUUUAAAAUGAAGGCCAAAGGGACGAUCACAGCAGCUCUAAAGGUCACUUUUAUUGGUUUUAAUUCAAGCGUCUUCCGAAGGAUGAAUGAGAGCAAUUGACGUCACAACGUCAUUGAGAAACAUUGCAAGAACACGCGUGUUUUUAUUCAUCGACGUCAUUGCGAUCAAGAAGCUUUUUCCACUUUGGCGCCGCACCGAAGCGCCUCCAACCGAACGUCGACCUGCAGCCGUUGCAUUCAUUCACAUCUCCCGGACGAGGCUGGCAUGAUGAAGCGGACCAAAACAAGCGGCAAACAAUUAGCGCAUCGGCUCUCGUCCCUGCUGCAUAAGCAAACGCUCGGAGCAAGAAGAAGUAUAAAAUGGAAGCAAACGGGAGUCCAAACACAGAGGCGACAGGCAAAAGAGAAAAAAAAAAAAGCAAACAAACAACCACACAGAAAGGUACAGCGCGAAGGAAGAAAAAUGACUCACGGAACACGCAAUGGUAGGAAACCUUUCAUCACUGUGAUGUACAUGGUGGCGGUGUGCAGCGGCGUCCCCAUCGGCGACCUGCUGGAGCGAGCCGCCCAGCACUCUGACAAACUCUACUCCCUCAGCACGACGCUCACCCACGACCUCGACUCUCAUUUCCCUCCAAUGGGGCGGAUGAUCAUGCCGCGGCCGUCGGCGUGCCACACGUCCUCCUUGCAGACGCCCGGUGACAAAGAGCAAGCGCUCCAGGAGUCGGAGCUGCUCUCGCUGGCUCGUUCCUUGCUCCAAGCCUGGGCGGACCCCCUGGUGGUCCUGUCCUCUUCUGCCAACACCCUGCCUCACCCGGCCCAAAGCAAAAUUAUCAACAAGAUCCACGAGCUGCAGGAGCAUUCCAAGAACCUGGGAGAUGGCCUGAACAUCAUCUCUGGCAAGAUGGACCCGACGGCUCAGACCAUUUCCUCGCUGCCCUACAGAGGGGGCAAUGACGUCGGUCAGGACAAGCUAUCCAAACUGAUCAAAUUCCAGUUCCUCCUGUCCUGCUUUCGCCGAGAUUCGCACAAGAUCGACAGCUUUUUGAAAGUCCUCCGUUGCCGGGCGGCAAAAACGCAACCUCACUUGUGCUGAAGGGCGAAGCCGCCCAACGGAAGGCUUCCGGGCUCCUUCUUUUUUGCAACGCUCGGAUUGUACAGCAACACGUCCGAACGCAACGCGGGCCGAUUCGGAUGGCUGAUGUGAAUUCAUCGGGAUGAUGAUGAUGAUAUGUCACUUUUCACGUCAUUAUUCGACAGUCAAAUAAGCCGGCGUUGUCUUUGAUUCAAAGCUGAAAAAAAAUGUGCUCACUGUUUUUUGACUGGGCGUGACAAUUGGGAUGAAAUAAAAGAAAUGACUUCCUAUUCCCGUGCGA